AAAUCGCUCACUUUACACUAUUCAAAUUAUUAUUCUUUCUAAAGUUUUAAUUACUGAGCUUAAAAUUUGAAGCAUGUGAUUAAGGAUAUCCCAAGUCCCUUAAUUAAGGAUAUCCCAAAUUGAGGCAAUCUUAAUCCCAAUAUUACCCUCACUCUCCAAAGUGUGAGCUACGAGUUGUGUGACCCUCCUAUAUAAGUCACCCUCUCCCCUCGUACCCUUCACUCUAAAUUCUUUCUCUACACCCUACCCUCUCACCCAAAUCUCAAAACCCAUCAACUACUACUACUUACUUCAUUCAUAGAUAUCUCUUCCCUUUGCAAAUUCAACACCUCCCUAAGUAACCACAUCCUUCUCUUUUUUUUCUUUUCUAUUAGUUUACUAUUCUCUCAUCCCAUUUCAUCUUUUAAAUCUAUCCAACCUUUACAUUAACUCUCUUCUUAGCCUUUAUUUCAUUAUCAAUAUAAUAAUUGUUAUUCUUUUUCACCCUUGUCAUUCAUUUUUUUUUUUUUUACCAAAUUAAUUCCAUACCAAAAAUGUACAAGUUUGAGAAAACAUCCAAAAAUCAAAACAAAAUCCUCAACCCCUCUUUCUCUUCCACACUCUUAGACCAAAUUUACCGUUCCAUAGACGAAAGCGAAACAAACUUAAACAACGAAACAACCAAAUUCUACAGAGAACAAAAACCAACGGUUACUAAAAUACAAACCGACACAAAAAACAAUAAACCAAAAAUUCAAAAAGUUUUUGUUGCGAAAGAAACCAACAGCAGAAAAUCACAUCAACUUGACCUUGAUCAUGAUCACGAUGUUCUCUUCUUCAGUUCAACCUCAAUUUCUUCAGAUUCUAGCUCCGGUGGAUUCUCUUCCUCCGACACAGACUCAUUAUACGGAACGAAAUCACGUGCCUCUGCACGUGAUUUCGCGGCAACGAGAGUACCAAAACAAGUGAGAACAACGAGCGCGUCAUUCAGAUUUGAAAAUGAGAAACAGGGGAAUCGCGUUUUCAACGGGUUUUGUCGUAGUUCAGAAACCAAACAAGGCACAGAAAAUCACGGCGAAGAAGCGGUUUUAAUAAGGAGUAAAUCGAGAGCGCUUAAGAUUUACAAUAAUCUUAAGAAAGUGAAGCAACCGAUUUCACCAGGUGGAAGACUCACGAGUUUCCUCAAUUCUCUGUUCGAGAAGAAAAGCAGUAAAAGCGGUUAUUGCGAAAACGAGAGAAAAGUAGCUUCCACGUGUUCUUCAGCUUCUUCGUUUUCACGGUUGAGCAAGACGACGUCGUUUUGGAACAGAGGCGAUUCUAUUUAUAAGAAACAAUUGAGUAAUUGUGGGGUGAAUAAAACGGUGCGUUUUUGUGGCGCGGAAGAGAAUAAGGUGGUGGAGGAAGCUACUAGAAACUAUUUUAAUGAGUAUCGUUAUAAGCAUAAUAAGAAGAACGAUUUAGUUUUAUUAAAGGAUUUGGGUAUUAAUGAGAAUGAUUAUGAUGAUGACGUGGCAAGUUGUGCUAGUUCUGAUCUUUUUGAGUUGGAUCAUUUGGAUGUGUUGGGAGAUGGUAGGUAUUGUGAGGAGCUUCCUGUGUUUGGAACAACUCGUGUUAAUUAGUAGUAUUAAAUACUAACAAAGAAACGAAUUAUUACAGAACCAUUUUGAUAUUUGUUUUUGUAAUAUUUAUAGUGGUGUAUUUAAGUAUAUAUGUAUGAUUGAAUAAAAUGGAUGGUUUUGAUGGAAUGAAAA